UGCCAUAUGAAUUGAGCAGCAGCGCCAAACGAAUUGUGAUUGUCAUACUGCCAUAUAGCCAAAAUAGCAAGUGCUCUCCUCAAGUGUCCCUUGUUUUUAUUUUUGUUGUUUUUUUUUUUUGUUUACCUGGAAGACACGUUGAAAGCCAUAGAAGCCGCAGGAUAACGCCACAAAUAUCCAGAAGACCGCAUUGAUCAGUUAAUUUUUAUAACAAUGUCAAAAUCAACUGUUGCCCACAUAACCAACAAUCCGGAUGAACCGGUGACGUUUUUCAAGCAAAUAACUGAAGCCGCUAAAAAACAGUCGACUGAGGAUGUGAUAUUCAUGAAUCUGGCCACCAUUGAUGAGGAAUUCGGUGUGCUCAACCGUACAGUUGUAUAUCGAGGACUCAGCGACGAUAACUGUAUUAUAUAUGUAACUCAACGUUUUACCCGCAACUUUAAGAAUAUUCAGGCGAAUGCCAAGUGUGGCAUUACAUUCUUUUUGCCCAAUGUUGUGGUGCCCUUACAGGGUCAAGAUCCGGCCAUCUGGCAGGUGCGUCUGAUAGGCGCAACGGCUGAGGAGCUGCCCGAGUCCCAAUUGGACGAGUGGUGGAACAAGGAGCUGUUGUCGGCACAAAUACGUGAUCACAUCUUCCCCUGUGGACAGCCGGUGAACUAUGUGGAACUGGUGGAAAAGCAUGACCGUUUUCUUCACGAUCAUCUAGAGAGCAAAGUGCCCCUGCAGCGUCCUGCCACCUAUACCGCCUUCAAGUUCCGGGCUCAGCGCUGGGAUUUCCUCAAGGUGGGCAGCGGACAGAUCGCGGAUCGUGUGCAAUAUCGUCGCCUGGAAAAUGGGGAUUGGCAAUCCAUGCAUGUGUCCACAUAAAUGAAUGUUUAAUCUUUUUUAUUCAACUAUUAUUUGAAAAACAAAACAAUCGCUUUCUACAAAUAUAAACAAAAUUACAGUUACAGCAACUUAAUGUAAAACUAACUUAA